UAUCAGGAUUCCGACUGCGAGAAUUGGCAAGUCCGCAUUUGGUAACUGAAUCAUCUAAAGGCGCUAAGUGCGUGGCAAGGGGGGCUUACAGGAGAACGAUUGUGGCGCUCAUCUGUAGUUGCUAGUUGUGGUUCGUCAUCUGCUGGCGCGAGUGGGCGGAAGUGUUUCAAUAGUUUCAAUAAACGUAGCACCCCUCUUUGCGUCUGUGUUAGUCUUCGAAGAGGAACUUAAGCCUUGCUUUAUUGCGCUGGGACUUGCAAGGUGUCGGGUUGCAUCUGUGGACAAGGACGGGAGUAGUUGGAUGCGCUGUGUUGUGUGAGGUGGUAGUAGUUAUUGUUUCUUGAGGUGGGUAGUUUUUUAGAUAUCUUGAGAAGAGUGGUGUCUGGUUUGGCAGGGCCAUUCGCCCACCAUGGCCAUCAUUCUGGGCGCCUCGAUGCCUGUGGUGCGGGAAGUGGUGACCUCUACGGUAUUGGCGAAUGCACAUUCUGGCGCAGGGGCUUUGGCCUCAUAUGCCAAAUCCAGUAGCUCUGUGGUUCUGAGGACCUCUUGGAUUCGGGAAGUUGGAGUGCGGGAUGCUCUGAGGAGGCGCGCGAAGUUCUAUAAUCGCACUGAGGUUAAAGGCUUGGUCACUUUGCGCAGUGCACUAGUGGAGCCAGAACUUUUGUCACCCGUUAGCAAGGACGAGAGUGCUUUAAAGAAAUUGCACCAGCUUGUGGAAGAUGUCUCGAGUGCUGACGAGGGUCGUGCUCGUGUACAGCGUGUUUUGGGUUAUGCUAAGAAGAUUCCUCGGUUGCCUGCAGAUGCGAAAGUUCCAGAGAAUCGAGUGAUGGGUUGUACUUCUCAGGUAUGGCUUACAGUGGAACUAUCGAACGAUGGGAGGGUUUACUUUGGAGUGGAUAGCGAUUCUGAGGUUACUCGCGGACUUUGUUCAAUAUUGCUGGAGGGCCUCAAUGGAGCUACAGCUGAGGAUUUGCUCACUGUGCCGGUGAGUGCGCUGAAAGGUUUGAAGGUCGGGAUGGAAACCCAGUCGCGUGCCAACACUUGGUCUAAUGUUCUUCUCACGCUUCAAAAACGAACUAGUAUGUUGAUUGCGAAGAAAGCUGGUCUGUCCACCGUUGAGCCGUUUCCAUCUCUCCUCAUCACGGCUAAUGAUAUUGUUGCAGAAGGAGACUUUGCAAAAGCACAGGCAAAGUACCUGUCACCUGACAAAAGCAAAGUCGAAGAGCUAGCAAGAUUAUUGAAGGAGAAAAAAAUUGGUGUUGUGGCUCAUUUUUACAUGGACCCAGAAGUGCAAGGAGUUCUUGUGGCAGCUCAAAAGUUGUGGCCCCGCAUUCACAUAUCAGACUCAUUAGUGAUGGCUGAUCGUGCUGUUGGUAUGGCGAAUGAGGGAUGCAAGCAUAUAGCGGUUCUGGGAGUAGACUUCAUGUCCGAGAAUGUGCGUGCAAUCCUUGACCGUGCUGGGCAUGAGAAGGUUAGUGUUUAUCGUAUGUCAUCAGACCACAUUGGGUGUUCAUUGGCGGAGGCGGCUGAGAGCGAUUCGUAUAUCAAAUUUUUGGAGGAAGCAUCUAAAACUCCCAAGUCGAUGCAUGUUAUAUACAUAAAUACGUCCCUCGAGACCAAAGCUCAAGCUCACUCCCGAGUGCCAACUAUAACCUGCACAUCAUCCAACGUUGUGCAAACAGUUUUGCAGGGUUUCGCUCAGGUGCCCGACUUGACAGUUUGGUAUGGCCCUGAUUCAUACAUGGGAGGAAAUCUUGUUGAAAUGUUUCAACAAAUGCUCUCGCUUGGCGACGAGGAAAUAGCUGCCGUUCACCCAUCUCACACCAAAGACACUAUUGCAGCACUGUUGCCGCGCUUGAAGUAUUUCGAGGAUGGGACAUGCAUUGUACACGACAUGUUUGGAAAGGAUGUAGUUGAUCGGGUGCGACAGGGUUAUGGAGACGCUUAUCAAACUGCCCAUUUUGAGGUUCCCGGGGAGAUGUUCGCACUUGCCAUGGAAGCAAAGCAGAGAGGUAUGGGUGUAGUUGGAUCAACGUCAAACAUCUUAGACUUCAUCAAGGAACAUGUCACACAAGCUCUGCAGCGAGGGUUCGAGGAUCGUCUUCAGUUUAUUUUGGGAACGGAAUCAGGAAUGGUGACAUCUAUUGUGGGAGCCGUGCGUAAGUUGCUAGUUGACUAUCAGAAGCUUCAUGGAAGCAGUAAGGUUGAAGUAGAGAUUGUGUUCCCAGUAUCAUCUCAGGCAAUCAGUGCAACGUCAUCUUCAACUACAAAUGGCGCUUAUGAGUCAACACUAGCGAAGCUGCCGAUUGUUCCAGGAGUUAGUUCUGGGGAGGGAUGUUCAAUAAGCGGUGGCUGUGCAUCAUGUCAUUUUAUGAAGAUGAACUCUCUAGAUUCUUUGCUGCAAGUUUGUCGAUUGGUUGAGACUCCAGGGGAGCCUCUCCUCACAGCUCAUCACGCACGUACGUAUACAGCUUUGAUAGAUGGUCAGGCUCUUGGUGAUCUUGGAUGCGAACCCAUACUUCACAUGCGUCAUUUUCAGGCAACCGGAAACCUUCCAGAGGCAUUGGUGGAACACAUCUGCAGAUGACAGUGCUAAGAAGAGAUGGGUAGUGGUUGUAAGCUUUCUAUGUGUGCUUUGAACAAGUAGGCCGAUUCAACAAUGAGUUUGUUUUGCUAAACUAAUCAGCAGGCUCAAUCACGACAGAAUUUUUUUGUUAAAGUUGAUCAAAUUUCACUUGAGAAUUCUCUCUUUUAGAUAUGCUCAUCAGUGCUGCAAUAAAGUUGCAUCAUCUUGGUGGAUGAGUGGGGAAGAGUGUGAAAGCAAAAGAACUUUGGAACGAUGAAUCCAAAUCAUUUUUUGAAAGGAUAACUUAAAUCUCAGUUAAUUUUAUUUAAUGUAGGUUCCUCAUCUUCUUUACCA